UAUUUUGAUAUAGCCUAGCAAACGCGAAGUUAGUGCUGUGGCCGCUGUGACCAGGUGACUGUGACUGUUCGUUUGGCAUUUGUGUGUGGGUGGGAUCUCUAGCCUUCUACUAGUGUACGCGACUGAUGGUGUGAUAGGCUGCCUUGAUCAUUGAGUCUUGCGUAGAAGAGGAAGUAACAUCGUUUGUGACUUGCUCGAUUGCUUUUUACUGAAUCAACAGACUUGUUUUCAUCUGAAGGCGUUUCGGUCGCGGUGACCAAGAUGAGAGCUAUAGCUGCUAGUCUCAUCGUCUGUGUGGCUCUGCUUACACAGGGAUGUCUAGGACAGCGAGAACCCUUGGGACGAUCUGAAACUACACCAGAACCAGGCCAUUCAAGAACCUACAUUAUUUUGGCUCCAAACACCAUUCACCCUGGCCUGCCGUUAAGCCUGAGUGUCUCCAUACUGGAUGCAGUGAGUGACGUCACGGUAACGGCCACCAUUUUGAAAGUACAGGAGUUGAUCGAGACAUCGGUGGCUUCGGUGUCUGGAACGUUCUCUUCUGGUGUAACCGAAGUGUUGAAUCUUUUGGUUUCGGGAGACGAACACGGCGACUCUUACAAGCUUCGCAUUGAGGGGAGUGGUGGGCUGGUGUUUUCUCAGACGGAGGAGUUGACAUUCUCGCCAAGUAGCUUUUCUAUCUUGGUGCAGUCUGAUAAGGCCAUAUACAAACCUGGACAAACAGUUCAUUUCAGAGCUAUGGCCAUCUAUCCUGAUCUCAAACCAUACAUGGGAACUUUUGAUGUCAAACUGAAGGAUCCAGUUGGCAACGUUAUCCAGCAGUGGAUGGGUCUUCAGAAUACAACUUACGGAGUUGUCUCGGGAGAAACUGUCAUGUCUGACAAUCCUGUGCUGGGUGAUUGGAUCCUCACCGUAACGGCUAACAAUGAAGUCUACGAUCACACAAUCACUAUCGAUGAAUAUGUUCUGCCCAAGUUUGAGGUGAUUGUCACUCCGCCACCAUACCUAGUCAGCAUGGACACCCAGACUACUUUCACAGUAGAAGCCAAGUAUACUUACGGGGAGCCAGUGAAAGGAUCUGUUUCCAUGGAAAUAACACUGCAAUACAGUACCAAGCGAUACCAAGUUGAAUUCCAGAUUGAUGGUAAAGCGGAGACAGUGGUGACAAUGCAAGAGCUGUCUGCAUUGAGUAAUAACAAUCUGUACUCAGGGAACCAAUUUAUCUGCACGGCAAAUGUUACCGAGUCCCUGACCGGUAUCACGCAGACUGGAACCGGUGUUGUCUCCUACCACGAGAAACCAAUCAAAGUAGCUGAGCUACCGGGGAACUCUGAUGUCUUCAAGCCCGGCCUUGUCUACACGGCUUACGUAACAGUGACCCAUGUUGACGACAGCCCAUUGACUGACGCAGAGAGACAGUGUACACUUGUGGUCACUCACCAACACAGAGUAGAAGGUUCAUGGGACACGAUUGAUGCCAUAGAUUCAGACGUAGCCAUUCCUGAGAACGGAAUCCUUAAACUGGACUUCAACUUUCCCAUCGAGGCAAACUGGGCCAGUAUCCAUGUUGCUUAUUAUUACGAAAACAACCAGCAAUAUUAUGGCUAUGAAGUCAACAAGAAUCUCAACCCAGCUGAGUCACCUAGCAACCAAUUUUUGCAGAUCCUUGCACAGGGUACCAGUUUUCAGGCUGGGACACAGGCUAGUUUUGAGAUCAGAACCACGGAGAUUCCACCAAAGCUAACUUACCAGAUCUUUGCCAAGGGGAACAUUGUUCUGACGGACUCCAUCACCAGUGUCCUGUCAACUAAUACGAUACUGACCAUCGAUGUGACAUCAGCCAUGGCGCCGAAGGCCCGCCUUGUUGUGUCGUACGUCCGGCCUGACAAUAGCGAGUUGAUACUGGACAGUAUUAGUAUCAGUGUGGACGGAGCCUUUGAGAAUGAGGUGACAAUUGGUUUCAACAAGGAUGAAGCCGAGCCGGGAGAUGAAAUCAAGUUGGAUGUAACGGCCGAGAGAAACUCCUUUGUGGGAAUCCUGGCCAUCGACACCAGUGUCAUGCUCCUGAAGACGGGGAAUGACAUCACACAGAGCAUGGUUGUGGAUGCUCUAGGAGAAUUUGACACGACGAGUAAUGAUAAUGGUGAUACGUUCGACGGUGGAUUUGGGCGACCAGUGGCUCGUAGAAAGCGUUCCGCGUGGUGCUGUUGGUGGCCCUUCCCUACCCCAGGAAACACUGCUCGUAAGAUCUUGGAUUCUGCUGGAAUUCUGGUGUUUACAGAUGCUCUCGUGUAUGGUAUAAUGACACCAGACAUCACAUAUUGGGAACGUGGUGAUGUUAUGUAUGACGCCAUACCAGCAGCCUUCCCAGCCGCAGGUGCAGAGGAAGAUGCAGAUGAAGCACCUGAUAACUCAGCUAUUGUACCUAAUCAAGCUCCACCAACGCCUCGCGUUCGUACUGAAUUCCCAGAGACUUGGCUGUGGAGUGACUAUGUUGCUGGAGAUGACGGUCGAGUCCGAGUGUCUUCCACUGUACCUGAUACUAUUACCUCAUGGGUGGCCAGCGCAUUCUCCAUGUCGACACAGAAGGGGAUUGGUGUGGCUGAUCCCACUGCUAAGGUGAAAGUGUUCAGACCAUUCUUUGUCUCGCUGACACUACCCUACUCGGUGAUCCGCGGGGAAAAAGUGGUUUUACAGGCUACGGUCUUCAACUACCUGGCCUUCCCCGUACAGGCAACAGUCACUUUAACUGGGUCGGUGGAAUUCCAAAGCUUGAGCUACGAUGAGAAUGCUUCGGAAAAAGUUUCCAACGCAGAUCAGGUCCAAUCAGUGAAGGUACCAGCCAGCGGAGGUACGACCGUCUAUUUCCCCAUACUCCCUCAGAAGCUCGGCAUGGUUGACCUGUCGGUCCGUGCAACCACCGACAAGGCUGCUGAUGCCGUGGUUAGACAACUCCUGGUGGAGCCGGAAGGCAUUCCCACCUCAUUCUCGGAGCCAGUCUUCAUCGACUUCAAUACAACCCAGGGUAGACUGUCCAAGGAUUUCACCUUUGGCUUCCCCAAGGAUCUCUUGGUCGCAGGAUCAGUGCGUGCUCAGCUGACUGUCACAGGUGACAUCAUGGGUCCUACCAUGAACGGUUUGGACAAACUCCUGCAGCUACCCUACGGCUGUGGUGAGCAGACCAUGCUGUCCUUUGCUCCCAAUGUCUUCAUUUAUUCCUACCUGACAAACACUGGCCAGAACAACCCAAGUAUUAUGCAGAAAGCUAAGGACUUCACGACAAGAGGUUACCAGCGUGAGUUGACCUAUCAGCACGACGAUCACUCCUUCAGCGCUUUUGGUAACAGCGACCCCUCCGGAAGCUCUUGGCUGACGGCCUUCGUCAUCAAAAGCUUCGCUUCGGCCAAACCCUUCGUCUACAUUGACUCGUCCGUGGUGCAGCAGUCUAUCCAGUGGUUGAUAUCGCAGCAGACGAGAGAUGGAAUCUUUCAAGAACCUGGAAAAGUCAUCCACACCGAUAUGCAGGGUGGUGUUUCAUCCACAGUGACGAUGACAGCCUAUGUGUUGAUUGCGCUCAAGGAGGUUCAAGUUCAGAGAGUACAUUUGGACCUGCCUCAGACAUUCUGGGACAGUCUUGAUAGAUCCGCCGGCCUCGCUAGGGGUUACCUAGAGAAUCAGUACGACAGCAUCUCCAACGAUGUGUAUGCAUUGUCUCUGGUGACCUAUGCCCUGACGCUGGCCGAGACCUCAGAUUCAAGAUUCUUUGAUGCUUUCCAAAGAAUGGCUGUUGUACAAGACGGAGUGAAGCACUGGGAAGACCCCUCCACAGCCGGUGAGCAAGUUGACCAGUGGUUCUGCUAUUAUUACUCUCCGCCGUCAGCCGAUAUUGAGAUGACUGGUUACGCCUUGCUGACACACUUGGCCAGGAACGAGCUGGCUGAAGCCGCCCCGGUAGCACGCUGGCUGACUGAUCAGAGAAACGAAUAUGGAGGCUACGGUUCCACCCAGGACACCGUGAUUGGUCUACAAGCCUUGUCAGCUUACGCCAGCCGUCUGAGUUCAACUCCCAAGAACAUCGUCAUGGAUGUGACAGCGACUGACUUGGCAGACUACAGCAGUAGGGUUACUCUCAAUGAUGACAACUCCAUAGUCCUGCAGAAGAUUGAGCUACCGGUUUCUUCAGGCACCAUUCAGACCACAGUGUCAGGCACCGGAUCAUGUUUGAUGCAGUUCUCCGCAUUCUACAAUCUAGCUGAAGUCUUGGUACGUCCGUCGUUUGAGCUGACGGUGUCCAUGCUUGAUAUCAACAAGAACACUGUCAACAUUGUGGCGUGCGGAAGGUAUAUUGGAGGGAAUGCGGUGACUGGAAUGGCCAUGAUUGAGAUUGGUCUACCGUCUGGUUUCUAUGCCGACGAGGGUGCAUUGACCAAUGAGGUCCAGGCGAAGGAGAACCUUCAGAAAUACGAGCUUGGGAAACGGACCGUCUACCUGUACUUGGAAUCAUUGAUGAGAAACACUGACUACUGCUUCAAUGUUGUGGCUAGACGGGACAAGAUUGUUGCCAAUCUCAAGCCGAGUAACGCAGUCAUCUAUGAGUACUACAAGCCUGGCGAUCAGACCGUGGUGAGUUACAGCUCCAGGUCGCUGUCGGAGGCCUCCGUUUGUCAAACCUGCCCCACCUGCUGCGGGAUGGAACCCGAUAACGGAGGAAGCCACCUCACUGGACAACUCCUGCUCAUCACCAUGGCAACGCUUCUCUCUCUUCUGUACUGAGAGGUUUCGAGUAUCACAAACCUGAAAUGGAUCUAAAGCUUGAAUUCGUUUCAAAACUAUCGCUUGAUAAUUAUACUUCACAGUGACUGCAAAAUGCACCAGUAUGCUGCUCAGUCGUUUAAUGGAAGCGACCUAUAAUGCUUACAUUUUGUUGUAGAAUGAAUUACGUUAUGUAUUGCAUUGGUGUAAUCUUGUAUGAGCUAUGUACCUAUUUUUGUAUCUAUAUUUAUGGAUGCUGUUUUCUUUUCCGUGUAUACGUACAUGUAUGUUUGAUGUGAAAUUUUAGUAAGAAGUUACAAUUCACAAGUUUAUGCUGAUCAUUCUUUAAAAAAUGUGUUUAAAUAUGAGUGCACAGGCUUUGAAGAUAUUUUGUACUGAAAUUGUAUUUGUUACAUACUGGGGUCAAUUGCAUGGCGCUGCUUAACAGUUAGCAGAAAAGUUGUGCUUACUAUAGCAGAAACUUGUGCUAACCUUAAGUACUAUUUCAUGGCGUGAAUGUGUUAACAGAUGAGUGCAUGAAGAUUUGUAUUGAUACGUCAAUGAUGUAAGCAACGUUUUUCUCCGAGGUAAGCGUGCCUUAUGAUUUGCUUACUGCUUACGGUCUUCCAUGAAAUAGACGGAUACUCUGUCAGCAGAACAUCAUAAGCUGAGCAGCGCUAUGAAAUUUGGCCCUGCUUUGUUCUUAGAAAGCAAUUUUGUGUAGAUUACUGCUAAAAUUGUCUCUUUAUAAGACUCAGCGAAACAUUUAAAAAGCUCCUUUAUAUAUUAACUCAUUGUGUACAGAGUAAAAUCGAUUACAUUUGUGCUGGCUGCUAGGUUGUUGUCAGGCUAGAUGUGAUGCGGUCAAGCUAAAUGAGUCUUUUGUCGACCCUAGUCAUUUUUUUUUUUACAAAUUUAAAAA